ACUUCCCGCCCCUGAAGGAGGCGAAGCCCGGACCCAAUAAGCCACCCGGACUCGAGUGGCUUCGGCGGGACAGGAUGCCUCGGCUCCCUGGCAGAGCGCGGCUCCUCUUCGGCGUGGUGCUGCUGACCGCGCUGCUGGAGGAGGGGCGGGGGCUCCCCAUGAAGCCCUGGGGUCCCUGGCUCGGGCCUCGGAGCCACGCGAGGCUGGCGGAGGUCUCAGCCUCCCCAGAUCCCAGCCCUCCUGGGGAAGAGGAGCAGACGCCACCGUUCCCAGGAACCCGCCUCCAGGCAGGGCCACACGCAGCCCUGAGCCCGGCAGGGGUGACCUCUGCUGGGACCCAGGAGGACACUCCCUUGCUGCUGGAGCUGCCAGGAUUGGCCAACACAGACUUGAGUACCCCAAAUCCCAAUAUCCAGGUGACCAUCGAGGUGGUGGAGGACCCCCAGGCCCAGGUGGAGAUGGACCUGUUGGCUGAGCCAAGCGGUCAUGGGCUCCAGGGCGCCCCCAGCUGGCAGCCUACCAAGGAGCUCUUCUGGCCCCUCUUCUGGGGCUACACGGAGGGUGAGGAGGGGGGGUCCAGUCUCAAGGGCAGCGUCCCAGGGGACGAGGAGGACUACCCUUCAGAGUACAUCGAGGAGGAGGAGGAGGACUACCCUCCAGCGUACAGAGAAAGUGAGGCCCAGGAGAGCAAUGACAAGGCAGGUGACGACAAGGAGAAGGCUGGGUUCAGUGGGGCCGCAGGCGGCCGGGAGCAAGGCUGGCUAGCCCCCAGGGACUGGGACUUCAAGCUGCUGGACAGCUACGGCGCCAAGGCCGAGGAGCCCUUGGGCUUCCGCAGUGAGGAGGGGCAUCCCCUGAUCUACAAUGCCACGGACAUGCUUGGCCAAGAUGUGGACAGCUGUGAGAAGUGGCUGAACUGCAGGAGCGACUUCCUUGCCCAGUACCUGAGCCAGGUGCUGCGGGACCUGCCCAGCUGCCCAUGCACAUACCCCCCAGAGGCUGCAGACAAGGCCGUGAGCCUGCAGGACGAGCACCAGGGCCGCAGCUUCCAGUGGAAGGACGCCAGUGGCGCAAGAGAACGCCUGGACGUGUACCAGCCCACGGCUCGCCUCUGCCUGCGCUCCCUGCUGUCCAGGGACCGCAGCACCCCGGCCGCCCAGCACUGCUGCUAUGACGCAGGCAGCCGGCUGCUGACCCGCGGCAAGGGCGCCGGCACGCCGGAGCUCGUCAGCACUGACUUCUCGCCUGAGCUGCACUUCAGGGUGGACAAGCAGCCCUGGAUCCUGUGUAAAGGGGACUGGAGCCGCUACCAUGUUGCACGGCCCCCCAACAAUGGCCGAGCCUGCGCUGACAACCCUCCCGAGGAGGAGUUCCUGGCCCAGCUGCAGGAGGCCAAGGAGUACUGAGGAGGGGGCCGCUGGCUGGGGUGCUUUCCUGGCGGCCCCUCGGCCUGUGAACCCAGGCAGGUCAGCACCUGGGUUGGGUUGGAGAGAAGGUUGAGGGGUGCACAGGCCCCAGGCUGUGGGGCGGGAGCCCAGCCCCAAGGCCCAGGAGUACAGUGGGGAUAUCUGUCUGUGGGGCCUCCCUCUCCUGCCUGCGAGGAGACGCUCUCCCUGCCUGGCCACUCAUGCCUCUGCCCUCCCUGUAGCUGGGCUCCCCUGCCCUGGGUGUGCACAGUGCUGUGAGCCAGGCCCUCAGGCUGCCACACACGGCCUGUCUCCAGGGCCUGUGGUGACUCGCUCAGACCCCCAGCCCUGAGAGCCAGCCCUUCACCGCAGCCACCCCACAGCUGCCCUUUGUCAGCCCUGGGCAACCAGCCCUCCGCUUUCCCUGAGGGCCUGCACCUGGCCCUCUUGCCCCACCGCCUGCUGGGAGCCGCCGAGCAGAAGGCUGCUCCCGGGCUUGGAGCUGCCUUUCAGUGGACGCUGCUGCUUCAGCCUGGGACUGAAGUCUAUCAGUGGACAAACAGGCCGAGGUAGCCAAGCCAAGCCAAUGCAGGCUUCAGGUGGGGAAGGGACCACCCAGUUCAGGCCUCUUCCUUCGUCCAGCCCACCUGUGCUCCGUCCAGGUUGCCCGAGUGGGCAGGGCUGGGAAAUGGCACCGCCCCAGCUGUCACUGCGGCCAGGUUUAAGGUAGACUAAGAACCAGCUCAGGAGUGUGCCAGGUUCCCUGGGAAGGGGGCCCCUUCUGUGGUGUAGACACUCCCGCCGCGGCCCACUUUGGGCUCCCGCAGUGAAGGCACUGGACGCACUGAGCUCAGAGUCGGGCAGAGAUGCACGCAGUCCCAUCUCCCAGGACAGCUCGCGCCUCUUCCUGCCUCUGCACGGCCCCAACCUGCACUUCCUUGCCUUCUACGGGGUCGGAAUGCCGAAGUCCCGGUGGUCCCAGUCCACAAAGGCCUCCUCCACAAGGUAGGGGAUUUCACUCCCAGCCCCUGGAAGGCUGUCUCCAAGCUCUCUGGGCUCCUCGGCAAUAAAGCUCUUUACUUUCCAGUUCUGUCUGACGAAGAAAUCGGGGCCCAGCUGUGCAGGGCUGGGUGGCGAGCCUUUGCU